CACACCAUGCCUGAGGGGUCACGGCGUGGCAGCCAGCGAUCGCCCAGUUCUUCAGCCGCCAAGCGUCCCUCCUCACUCUCGUCUCUGAGUGGGAUUGUGGGUCGGAUGAUGUCGUCCGGCGAGCGAGGAGCCUCGUCCUCCUCCUGCACCUCCGUCAACACCGUCUGCUCCGAUGGCGAGCGCCCCGCCUCCCUCUCCUCCUCCACCUCCUCCGCCUCCCUACAUGACGCUUCCCACUCCUCCUCCUCCUCCUCCUCUUCCUCGCUGCCGUACGGCGCCGUCCCGACCUACAACGCCUCCUCCUCCUCCUUGUCGUCCUCGACGCCACAGAGGAACAGCUCGGACAUCAGCCUGGACCUCACUCCCCUGGUCACGCCGCAAGCAGGAGGAGUUCCCGGAGGUGGUGUCAGUGUUGCCAGGGCAACGGGAGGAGGGAACCCGGUUAAUGGGCACCUAGCUAAUGCUAACGACGCGGCGGAGGCAGCGGCCGCGCCCAGGCGGCUGUCGCGGCUGGAGAGAGUGGUGAUGGAGAUCGUGGAGACAGAACAAUCCUACGUCCGAGACCUGAAGAGCAUCGUGGAG